CCACUGCCCGCAUGAGACGAAACAAGUUUUUUUUAAAAAAAAGCUUGCUCCGUCUUCCGCAGAAAGAAAGGCAAAAGAGCGUGCAGCGACACACCGCGAAGGCGACUGGGAAUCCGUUUCCAGGAAGUGACGGAGGGGGACUAGACCAGCAGCGCCUGUGGCAGCGUGUACGAGAUGGCAUAUAGAAUUUUGUUGAGAAGGUUCGCAUCAAUGACCCUGAGGGAGGCUCCUCGGUCACUGCAGUCUCAAUCCUCAGCAUACUUCUCAGCUUUGAAUUCCCUUUGCUGGCAUGGCAUCAAGCCUUCCUUUCAUCACCUAGCCAGUGUAACUAUUGCCAGAAGAUUUUGUGCAUCUCCUACCAAUGAAGUUUCCUUCAACAUACAGAACCAAGCAGAUUUCACUGAACGAGUUAUCAAGAGUACAAAACCAGUCUUGGUGGAUUUCCAUGCAAGUUGGUGCGGCCCUUGUCGUAUGCUGGGUCCAAGGCUUGAGAAAGCGGUGGCACAACAGAAAGGGAAAGUUGUAAUGGCCAAAGUAGACAUAGAUGAUCACACAGACCUCGCCCUUGAGUACAAGGUGGCCGCAGUCCCGACUGUAAUCGCUAUUAAGGAUGGCAACGUUGUGGACCAAUUCACAGGCGUUAAAUGUGAAGAUGACCUGGAAGUGUUUAUCAAAAAGCUGAUUUGACUGAGCCGUAAAGAUCAACGGAGACGAAAAAGGGGGAGGUGGAAAUCAUCCAUGUCUACAGUCCUGUUGUUGGAUCACCACAUAGCCCAAAGGAUCUCUGGCAAUCACUGAGUAAGAGCAGCAGUUGAAUUGCAGAGGGAAGUGAGCAGCUUUGUGUGGCAAGUGACAAUAUUUUAACCCGACAAACUCUUAGAACUAUAAGAACAGAUUCCCAAAACUCUGUGCUUAAUGUCAGUGGGAUGAAUAUCGCUGGAUUCUAAGCAACUGCAUGUAGUAAGGAAUUUAACAGAAAGUAAAUUGCCGUGAGUACUCGGGAGGUCAUGCAGUAUCUGUAGAAAGUAAACUGUAAACUUUCUUAAGAAUUAUUUACCUGAAAGGAUACCUGUGUUUCUCUCUCCAUGGAUGCUGUCUGACCUACUGCUUAUCCCCUGCCUUUUUUUAAAUUACAUAUUGGGUCCUUACCAACAUCACCAGUAUUGCUUCCUUCCAGCUUCUGAAAUACAUUUGCCUACUGCAGAAACAAAGUUUAGCCCACAGAAUAUCACCGUGGUUCACCGGCACCAUCUUGAAACUCCAGCUUUUAUCACCAACUGGAAAAUUUCUUUUGGCACAUCACUUGGAUGAAGCAGAACUGAAGCUGAGGGCUAAAUAAUUAGCAAUGUUUAACUUAUCAUUCAUAAACUGAUCACUUUGUAACUGAAUUCUGGUAUUCUUUUACAGUCUUAAAUUUUGCCAUCAAUGUAACAAAUUUAUAUCAAAUAAAUCCAGCAAAUUACAGAUUUUAA